AUAAUUAUUUUGCCUACAUUUCUCUCAUCAUUUAUUUGUGUGAAAACAAAAAUGAUGGGGCGCUCUAUGCCUAUGUUUGCCACUUUGGUAAUCUUGCUUAUGGUUCUCUUUGCCACUGAAAUGAAGCCGGCAGAGGCAAGGAGUUGCGAGUCGGCGAGCCAACGGUUCAAUGGAUAUUGUGUGAGAAGUAGCAACUGCGCCUCUAUUUGCAGCACUGAAGGCUUCACUGAUGGCAAAUGCAAAGGCACCAUCCGUCGUCAUUGCACCUGUAUUCGUAACUGUUGAAAAGCUAUAUUUACAGUUAUAUAUAUAUGUAUCAAAUAACAAGCAGUACAAGUGCUACUAAUAAGUACUGUUAUUAAUAAAUGUUAUUCGCAAAUGUUGAAAAGCUAUAUCAACAUCUAUGUCUAUAUGUAUUGAAUAACAUGCUAUUACCAAAAAAAAAAAAAAGAAUAACAUGCAGUACAAAGGCUACUAAG